AUGCAUGACAUCUCAGACUACAGCAGGCUAGGAAAAGGCAUCUUACAUGAUUGGGCGCUAGACGAUAUUUUACUGUGGCUACAAGCGUGCAACUUGGAUGAUGUGGCCUCUCUUCUGAUUGGCUACGACCUUAGAGGAACGGAUCUACUUACAUGGGACCAUAAUUGUUUAUCACAACUCGGUGUAACAAGCGCCUCCAUAAGAAAUAGAAUUUUGGAAGAGUUGGCAGCCAUACAGUUGAAAGGUGCGGAAGAAUCAAAAGACUUGGAGAAGAAGAACGGGCAUCGAGCUCUGUUCGAUAUCGUGAAGCAGAGCAGUUACGAUCAGGUUUUCAUUCAGAAUUAA